AUGAGAGUGAGAUGGCAAUGCAAUUGCUCUACAGACAAGCUUAAUAUCUCAAGUCUCAACUUCUGCUCCAAAUGCCACAGUUUAUCUUGUGUCAAUUGCCAACUCUUCGAGCCUGUCGUCAAAUAUUGUCCACAAUGUUUAAAUGUACCUUUGCAUAACAACCAGCUUACUUGUCAUAAAAACUGCUUCGAAUGCCCUCGUUGCAAUUUACCGUUACAAAUCAAAAUGUUAGAGCUCGAUAGCAGGAGUUCAAAGUACAUAUUACAGUGCGCAGGGUGUGAUUGGUCGUAUACCUCACCCCAGGUAACUCGGACUGAAUCACUAAUUAAUUGCAUUCAGUCUGAGAGGGAAACAAAAGACACCGUUUUAGAACGUUACAGAGCACUAGAAGAGCACUUAAAUGUCAAAGGUCUAUUCAUAAAAUGCGAAUCGUCACCUCACUUGACUGAUGCGUUAUCUAAUGCUAGCAUUGCACAACGAAAAUAUGUAUUGCAGAGGUUGGCUACCAAGAAACUGUACGAAUUGAUUAGCGAAGAAUUGCCUGCAAAGUAUGAAACCAUCAAACAUUCUACAGAAUUGCCUCUUCCUUCUCGGCUUCGUUGUAAGUACCAAUAUUCGUGUCCUAAAUGCCGUUCAUGUCUUUUGAGGCCUGAUGCUAACCCCAGAAGCUCCAAAAUCGUUACAAGUUCAUUUGCUGUAGAUUUCCUCCCCAACAUACGCGUCUUGCCCCUACAACAAGUACUACCAACAGAAUGUGAUACUAAUAAAUUAGCUCUAGUAGUUCUUGGCCCUCACAUUCAAGGAAGCAUGGAAAUCAAAAUAUCGGGAUCCAGUGGAUUAUACAUCCCAAUCACUGAAAUUACAGUUUCCUACAGUAAAAUUGUGAUAGAAGAGGAGGGUAGGUCCAUCUCUCAUAGAAUGGAACUGUUCGCAACUACCAUUCCAACUUAUCAAUUGAAAGCAGAUACAAGAUUGUCACGCAAGGAAAGAACGAGAAGAUUAGGAAAAAGUAGUUCACAAUUAUACUCCCUUGGCAAUAAUAAGUCUUCUAAUUCAUUGAUCGAAAACAGUAAGAUAAUAGAUCAAGGGAAUGGGUGGUGUAUCAUUCCGCUCAUCCUUCUGAAAGAUGAGCCAAAGCAUAUUCUUCAAUUUAAACUUGCAUUCUCCUCAUAUAAGAUCAUGUUGCAUUAUAUAUUGGAAAAAUAG